AUGCGCAAAGAUACCUUACAAAGGAAGUACGGUGAACUCUCCGGUGAGAUUGUCAUCGUCGAGAUAACCUUGAAGGACAUCCUCGACAUCAUUGCUAGCAACAUAGCCUCCAAGCCUCGAACUUCAACCACGCCGCCUCCAGCAACUCCAAAGGGCUCUCCGAACUCACCAAUCACCUCCUUCCAACACCCCACCUGCUUCCUGGAUCCUAGAAUGCCCAGAGGCCUCGGAAUAUCUCUUUGUGGAAAUAAAGAUUUGAAUCAGAUGGCAGUGCUUGUCUGCGGUCUUCGACCCGGUAGUAUCGCUGCAGUGGACGGACGAAUUUCCGUCGGGGACCAGUUACUUGAGCUAAACGAGCACGUUCUGUACGGACGAAGCCACCUCAACGCUGGUCCCUUGAUUCGUUCCUGUCUUCUCCGCGUCCUUCAAAAAUCCUCAAACAAGCGAUGCAAAACCCCCUUGUCGUUGUGUUUCGUGAUUUGCCGAAAUCCCGAAAACCUCGCCAACAUGGCUGUCGCUCCACUCUCCUACAUCACUGAAACUAGUAAGAGCAGCGCGGAUCUUCCUGCUGGUGUUGGAUCGCCUUCACGAAACAUCUCCCCUCCACACGUUGGAGGAAGCCUAAUCGGACGAUCGACCUUUGAGGAAGUCCACGCGACUCGGCUGCUUCGGGGCCGAAAUGGGUUCGGUUUUGCGAUUAUGGAUAAAAGCUUCACCAACGAGCCGGGAAUUUACAUCAAACAGCUUGUUGAGAAUGGACCUGCCGCCUUGGACGGAACGCUUCGUGCGGGUGAUCGAAUUUUGCGCGUUGAUUGGCACGACGCGCUACACGCCAGCUACGACUCUGUUCUUGAGUGGAUACGAUCAGCACGGCAUCAGGUGCGAAUAGUUAUUUCCCGAGUUCGCCUCUUCACAGGCGAUAACAUGCCCUCCGAUGAUGACGAACUGUACAAAUUGAGCUUUAAAAAACGUCUUUCGGCACCUCUGAUCUCGUCCCUCAUCCACGCCUUCAUGCACACCACCUCCUCCUCCUCAACCUCCUCCAAGAAGUCCUCGCUCCAGCUGGCGUCCAUGGACGACGCGAUCGUUACAUGCGCCGGUGCACGAAAAGAGGCCAAACGCAAGGUUUCGCCUCGUCCCGUGGCUUCGGAUAAUUUUGACUUGCUUACACCAGACAUGGCCUCCCAGGAACUGCGUCGGUCGUCGUGUCCGGAAGCAGUGGACCCCGGCUUCGCGAAGCGUCUGGCUGCGAACCACUUUCUGGGGGUCUUUCCUAUGGCGAGUCUGACACAAUUGGCCGGGCCGCCGCUGCCAGUCAUGCCGCUGAGAUGCGAGGACUCCAAAGAACAGAAAGUCCGCGAGCCCUAUGGGACUGUGUUGGAGCGUUUCGCCUCUUCCUACAAAGGCCGUCACAGAAAGUCGCGUGCAGCAAACGAGGAGGAGGAAUUGGCUGCCACACGGCCAAUCCUUCCAGGCAAAAAAACGCACAUUCGGAUACGCCGGAAUUCGGCUUUGACACUUGGUGUUUCCCUCAUCGGUGGCUGUGAAACUUCCCUCGGUGUUCUUCAAGUCCACGAAAUCUUUCCAGAAGGCGCCGUAGCCUUGGACGGUCGACUACAGCCUGGCGACCGAAUUCUUGCCGUCAACAAUGAGUCCCUCUUGAACCUGCCCUACUUUGUCGCAGUAGCGACCAUUGCGUCUGCCUUCACUGGUCGAGUCCCCCUGUGGAGUCAGAUGGACCUUCUCAGUGUGGUAGCCCCUAACUCGCCCGUGCACUGCUCCGCCGAGUCCUCCAGCAUCUCUCUGCUGGUCGAACGCCCAGGUGCGGGGGUCCAGACGAAGUGGUACGACCAGGAGGUCACCGUGGAUCUAGUCAAGAAACAGGGACGAGGAUUCGGUCUGUGCAUUGUCGAGAGAUCUGGACCGUCGGUGGUUGCUUCCAAUGGAGUCUCUGACGGAUCUCUGGUCAACCAGCGCCCCAGCAUUCCCACAGAACAAGUUGGACUAGGCGUUAUCGUCUGCGACUUAAUAAGGGGCAGUACGGCAUACCUGGAUGGAAGAAUAAUGAUUGGCGACCAAAUACUGGCCAUCAACGACGUGGAUGUGGAACACAGCUCCCAAGAGGUUGUUGCCACAUUACUAAAGACUGCUCAAGGCAUCGUCACCCUGCGACUUGGUCGUCUCAAAAAUCAGCCAACACCACUCAAUUCAGUCGCCUCGCGUCCGAGGGAACCGAAGAGAUGCCUUCACUGCCACCUUCAAGCCAUCCCGCGCCAACGCCCCUUUUUCUACGACCUACCUUUAAGCGCCCAAAACGCAGUCCGCACAAGCAGCAGCAGAUACAUUCCACAGUUGGCUGGACAAUGUGCAAUGAAUGGAGCUACGCGUCCAAUUGCGGCGUGUAUUCCUGGUGUCUUUAUCGUCCAUAUUUUCAUAUGUAUUUUGGAAACCAGUGAGUAA